CACCCUUGAACUUCGUGUGAUUCCUUCUUCAGCUCUACAAAUUUACAGUACGAUUCAUGAUGCUGGUCGUCCGUGAAGCCGAUGUCUAUCAGAUUCUAUGUGACCUCUCUCCGCAGCAAGCCCGUCGCUUUCUAGACACACUAUCAGCGGCGUUAAUUCUAUACUCUAAGGAGAAUAGAUUCGCCAAUCGUGAAAUCCUCUUACACCAACCUUCGCGGACUCAUAUCGUUAAUAAGCACAACGACACAGCGCUGUUCAUGCCCUCGUCAGAUACCCAAACAAAUGGGAUCAAACUUAUAGCGUUACCAUCAGGGGGAGGAACAGCAGGGGCGAUAAUACUGUUUACGCCGUCAGGAGAGAUUACUGGGAUGGUUGGGCCCUCCCAUAUGACAGCGUUUCGUACUGCGUUGGCAACCAUGACUCUGUUCGCAAAGGUCCGCCACAUAUCGAAAAAGAACAUGGUGAUAUUUGGUUCUGGAAGACAAGUGGAGUGGCAUCUCCGCCUAGCGUUCCUCUUGACUGCCGGUGAAAUCGAAAACGUUUGGAUCAUCAACAGAGGCCGUGAGAGACUCGACAACCUGGAGAAGGAAGUGUUGUCUACUCUACGGCUGACCCACGCGAAUGUCAGCUUUCAUCUGAUUGCCAAAGAAGAUACUCCCCGAUACAAUGAGGUGCUUCGAGCGACGCUGAAAUCAUCCGACGUUAUAUUUUGUUGCACGCCGUCCACUUCACCGUUAUUCCCGUACUCUAUCCUCCGUUCGUCCCCCAAAGACCGUUUCAUCUCUGUCAUUGGAUCUUACAAGCCACAUAUGAGGGAGAUUGACACAGAAACUCUGCUUUCCGGUGGCGGUCGUGUGUUCGUCGAUUCAGCAGACGAAUGUCUCGAGGAAUCAGGGGAGCUGAUUGACGCCAAUGUGACAAAGGAGGCGUUAAUUGAGAUUGGAGAGUAUCUAGGGAGUCAGUGUUCAGGCUAUCCGGAAGGAAACGUUGUAUUGAAGUGUGUAGGGAUGGGCAUAAUGGACCUAGUUAGCUCUCGGUUGCUGCUCGAAUUGGCAGAGGAGUGCGGGGUUGGCCAACAAAUGCUGGAUGCAAUUGGUCCAUUCAACCCCUUGGUACACAACUUCUUCUAUGGGUGAACGUUCACCGAAUCUGC